UGUUCAUAUUUUUAAUGAACUUCUAAAGUCAAAUGGGACUUCUCUAAAAAGUAAAUGCUAAAAAAGCUCAUGAUAUUUCUUUUAGUUUUGUGUAUGUAAAUUAGUCAAAACAUGAUGCUCUUAAUUAAGGAUGCAUCAAAUAAUCCAUUGCUGCGGUAGACACAUAUUUCUUCAGUAGAUUGGGUACUUCUAUGAUAAAAUUAGUAAAUUCUUUUAAUGCUAAUUUUGAUUAUAGUACCACAUCAGUUCCAUAUCAGUUAAUGAUUAUCUUGGCUUAGGCAAUAUAUUAGAGAAUUAAGAGACUAAUCUUGUGUUGGUGUAGGAUUAGUGUAUGUUAUUGUUGGAUUAGUGGGUCUUAUUUGAGCUUUCAGUGUUAUUUUAAAUGAAUUUGAUAAACGGACAUUCAUUUAAUUAUUCGACUGUUCAUAUAAAAAAUAUCCGUUAUCUAUUUAAAUAUUCAUGAAUUAUAUUUAAUAACUAUUUAAUUGAAAUGGAUUUUAAUCUUCGAGGUGACAUGUAGGUAUUUUUAUUCAGAUUUGGGACAAUUUUGGAUAAUAAAAAAAAAUUUAAAUAAAUUUAUAAUAAAUUUUAAAAAUAUAUUAUUUAAUAGGUUUGAAUUUAAAUAUUUUUAAUCGAAUGGAUAGCUUAAGCGUUGCAAAUAAGAUUUUCUCUCCAUCUGCCAUCUCAUAUUUUCAGCAUAUCUUUUUAGCUAUAGGAAUUAAGACGGACAGUUUGAUAAUGGCUCAAAUUGCAAGAUUCAUUUCAAAGACUAAACGACCCAUCGUAUAAGUCCAAUAAUUGGGGAGCAUUAAAUGAACACAGCUCGGUCCACUACGGCGGGGAUCUGCGGCAGCUCCGGCAACUGAUUUUUCAAUUAAGGAUGUUUAAAGCAGCAGUGAGGUACUUUUCAACAAAACCAAAGCCAAAAAUGAAACCAAUAGAGCUGAAGACACCACCAGAACAGACACAGACUAUAACAAGAGCAAUCUCUGACAUUGUCAAAGAACAUGGCCCACUUACUGUUUCUCAGACUUGGGAAAAACUCCAGGAAGUUGGCCUGAGAGGAUUGACAGGCAAAAGCCAUAUGAAAAUAGUUUUGAGGUGGAUGAGAGAGAGACAAAAGCUUAGAUUAAUCUGCAACCAUAUAGGCCCUCAUAAGCAAUUUCUGUAUACCACUUGGUUCACAAAACCCACCAUCAAGAAUGCAAAAGCAAAGAAUAAUCCUCCACCACCUAAGUUAUCUUGAGGCUGCAGAACUUAUUGAGGGGCUUGUACAGCAUGGUAGAUUAUUAUUUUUCCUGGGCAGUCUGUUAAGAGUCACUGAAGCUUGCUUAACUGCUGAUAUCUUAUCCUUUUCAAAUCCAGCUGAUGGUUAUGUUUGAGCUGCUCCUGUUUUGCUUGGUUAUCUGUAUGUUCAGGCUAUUAAGUUAUGGGAUUAAUUUAGUUCUUUUUAGUUGAAGCUCUGAAUUUCUUUGUAGAUUUGUUUAUACAGCUCCAUAUUGCAAAGAGGCAAUUAUAUUGA